AUGGUGAUGUCCGUCUCGAGCUCUGUAGCGACUAAUGGUGUGACAAAGCGAGAGCGCCUUGAUUACCUGAUUGAACGUGGGGAUCUUCUUGCCAAUUGCCAGCAAGAACGGCAAUUGCUUGUUGUCUGUAGACCACGUACGAGCUUGUCCCGUGACACGUCUCCAUCGUCUGUUUGUACGACGCGAUGCUCGUCUUGGACGCUGGAAGAAGACAAGAAACUCGAGGAAUUAGUGCAACAAUUAGGAGAUAAGAGCUGGAGUACAAUUGCAUUGGAAUUCUCGAUACGAGAUCGAAAACAAUGUCGGGAGAGGUUUGUGAAUCACUUGGCACCGUCGCGUACGUCCGUGUCCAGUACGUGGAGCUCUAAAGAUGACGAGAAAUUGCUGCAACUGCAGAGCCAAUUGAAGUCUCGAUGGUCGGAAAUAGCUCGAGCAUUUCAUGGGAAAAGUGCUGAGAAUGUUAAGAAUCGUUGUCUCUUGAUGGCUAGACGAGCAGCUGAAAAGAGACCGAGGAGAAGAAGACCACCCGAACGAUGGACUGUUGCCGAAAAGGAAAAGCUACGGGCAUUGGUGGAGAAGCAUGGAGCAAAAAACUGGUUGUUUCUUGCAUCCCAGCUGCCUGGACGGACAGACUUGCAGUGUUUGCAACAAUGGUAUCGAGUGCUGAAGAACAAGGGGGUCAAAGGAAGAGGAACGUGGACAAAGAUGGCAGACCAAGUGUUGAUGGAAAAGGUCGCAGAGAUUGGGAAAAAGUGGACACAGAUUGCAACGUUUUUGCCAGGUCGAGUUGGAAAUCAAUGCCGUGAGCGGUUUGUCAAUCACUUGGACCCGUCAAUUAACACGGCGCCAUGGACAGAAGCUGAAGAUGCACUUUUGACAAAAGCCGUCAAGAAACAUGCGACGCAGUGGAGUGUAAUUGCCAAGGAAUUACCGGGAAGAUGUAGUAAUUCUAUCAAGAAUCAUUACUACUCACGAGAACGACGUCGUAUGCUAACUUCGGCAUUUAGUAGUGUACAGAGUCUAAAAUAA